UUAGUUCAAAGUUUGCACAUUGGAAACCGAACACGUGGUGAGGUUUUUAAAGGGCGCAGGGCGAGCCGGUUUCCAACAGCAUAGUGGUCCAGCUUAUUGAUCCUCGUUAACGUCGUCAUCCAAGAGCGAAUGUAGGAAAAUUAAGGCGCAGGACAAGUCGUUGACGACGCUGUCGACGGUGGACGUCGGCAACAGACCACGCGGACUAAAACUCCAACUUCCAGAAGAAACUCUUCACAUUGGAAGCCAGGUCGCUUCCACUGACCUGAUUUUGUGAAAACAACGUAGCGAAAUAAGUAGUGUGUAGAACAAAAUUAUUGUAUUUUAAUAGUUAACCGGAAAUACAAAAAAAAAAGAUAACUGCCACAAUGGAUGGAACAGAACCCUUAGACCAUGAGAUCGCUCUAAAGCCCAAAAUGAGCCUCCUGAAUGGGAUAACUGUUAUUGUAGGAAGCAUUAUUGGUUCAGGGAUUUUUGUAUCUCCAACCGGAGUCCUUAUGCAUACUGGAAGUGUCAAUGCAUCUUUGCUUGUGUGGACAAUUUCAGGCAUUUUCUCAAUGGUUGGUGCAUAUUGCUAUGCAGAAUUGGGGACAAUGAUUCGAAAAAGUGGAGCUGAUUACGCUUAUAUAAUGGAAACUUUUGGUCCUUUUCUGGCUUUUGUAAGGCUUUGGAUUGAAUGUAUGAUAGUUCGACCCUGUUCACAAGCUAUAGUCGCACUUACUUUCAGCGUUUAUGUGAUGAAACCUUUCUUUCAUGAAUGCCAACCCCCUGAAGAUGCAGCAAGAUUACUAGCAGUUUGCUGCAUUUGUGUGUUAACGUUUGUGAAUUGCUACGAUGUAAAAUGGGCAACUAGAGUUCAGGACGUCUUUACAUAUGCCAAACUGGUGGCCCUAUUUAUAAUUAUAGCGGCAGGAGUGUAUGAACUUGCAAAAGGCCACACGGAGUACUUUACGUUCACCAACACUGAGACGGAAGUUACAUCACUGGCCCUCUCCUUCUACUCCGGCCUUUUCGCAUACAACGGCUGGAAUUACUUGAACUUCAUAAUAGAAGAACUUAAAGAUCCAGUAAGGAAUCUUCCGUUAGCCAUUGGAAUUUCUUGCACUUUGGUAACCAUCGUUUACGUACUGACAAAUAUGGCAUUUUACACGACACUAUCACCGGCUGAAGUACUUGGUUCAGAAGCUGUUGCAGUUUCUUUCGCAGAAAAACUGUUCGGCCCUUUUGCGUGGACGAUUCCAGUUUUUGUUGCACUGUCCACGUUUGGAGCAGUUAACGGCAUUCUCCUGACAUCCUCGAGGCUUUUUUACGCUGGUGCAUGCCACGGACAGAUGCCAGAAUUAUUGAUUAUGAUUCAAACGCAACGAAUGACACCAACACCAGCUAUACUCAUUAUGGCUCUGCUGUCAAUGUUGUAUCUGACUGUUUCUGAUAUAUUUGCCCUCAUCAAUUAUGUUGGUUUUGCCACAUGGUUAAGUAUAGGUGUAGCAGUUCUUUGCGUGCCGUGGCUAAGAUGGAAAGCUCCAGAUAUGGAGCGACCCAUAAAAGUGAAUUUGAUCUGGCCCAUACUGUAUCUUUUGGCCACAAUUUUCGUAACUGCGGUACCAAUGAUAGCAAGCCCAGUGGAAACUGGUAUAGGAAUCCUAAUGAUUUUAACAGCUGUACCAGUUUAUGCACUUUGCAUCAUGUGGACCGAUAAGCCCGUAUGGUUUGUUAAAGGUACCACGGAAAUUACUAUGACCUUGCAGCGAUUAUUAAUGGUUGUAGGCAAAAACAAAACAGCACAACUUUAACACUAAUUCGACAUCAAUAAUAAUGAAAAUAAUAACAGUAAUUCGUUAUUGUUUGACUUGGUAUGGGUUAUUUCCAGUGUUUUAACGAGAUUUUUUGUACAUAAUCUGUACAAAAACGCUUAUUAUACAGUUUAAGAAGUGACAACAAAUAGUAGACAAGAUUGUAAAUAAUGUUUUUACUUUGUUGACCAAUAAAAAUAUUUUAAAUAUAAUGAUAAUAAUCGAGACAGAGUACGUAGUUUUGCAUUAUCAUGUUAAAGGUUUUAAAAAAAUGAAAUCAGUUCUAAAUAGUAUUGUGAACCUAAAAAAAUAUAUCAAACCUACAUUAGGUGCAUAUUCCUUUGUUUAAAAUAUUAAUUAUGUACGUAUUAAUUAAAGAAACACAUAUUAUGCUUAAUUAGGUAAUUGUUUUAUAAUCUUUAGUCGUAGCGUUUUAUACAUAUUGCAUCUUAAGUAGGUAUACAGUUUUCAUGAUUUAUUGUUUUUAACAAUAAAAUAAAACCCUAAGUUAUGCGACUACUGCCCUUAAAAUAAGUAAUAAAUACCAUAAAAUUUAUGUGUAAUGUGAAAAGAUUAUUCUGACAUUUCUUUCCAUUUUUUGACCAUUUUCAAAUAAAAAUUGAAAUAAAAAAUUGAAAUUCAUUCUGUAACUAUUUACACACAAACAUUUUUGUGAGUCUACAAUUUAUUAUUUAUGGUUUAUUUGUUUUUCAAGUUUUUUUAGGAAACUAACUUUCGUAUUACCAUGUAAAAUUUUUAAAUUUCUUUCAUUAAAUUUUACCUAUAGACCUUCUUUGAUAAAUGAUCAAUUCACAGUAAGAGUACACCUUCGUAUAAAUGAUAAACUAAUGCAAUUGCUUUGCUUUUCUCAUAAUUCUGCCAACAAAAUUUGGAAUAUCUUGUAUAUUUCAUUCUUUCAACUAAUUGUAUUAAUGUACAGUAAUUUCGUGAUUCUAAUAUUUUAUUAGCUGUUAACUGAUAAUAGGAUAACAUUGACGAUUAAAUAAUAGUACAAAUGACCUAAAGGAGAUACGAACCUUUCUUGCUUGUUUUAUAAUAUACAAACUUUUCAGUUUUUGAAGAAAGCUUAUUAAUGUUGUCUUUAUUCAUUUAAAAAUGUUUCAUAAAUAAUUUUUAUAACAAUUAAAAGGUUUUAACUUUAUAUUCCUUUAGGAUAGCAAUUAGGACGAAUAAUAGUUUAUAAAUAAUUUAUAGCACAACUUUUAUAACAUUCCUUCUAGAUUUACAUAUCAUCUAUAAAACAAAUAGGAAUAAAUCCUAUUUUUAUUAAUAUUAUUUGUUGGAAACAUCAAAAAGAGAAAACAAAAAUAUUCAAUGCGUUUUGAGUUGUAUGACACUAUUUAUAUCUUUCAUAUAUUUUACUCUUUCUGGUUUGGGAUGCAAAAGAAGUCAAAAUUAAUAUUUCAUUAAACAAAUAAUAAUAAUAAUUAGACAGUAUUAAAACGACAAUAUUACUGUUAAAAAUGUAAUGUGUAAAGGAAAUAACCCAUAGAUAUAUUUAAUGUAUUGUAUGUGUAAAAAUACUCGUAUGGGCAAUUUGUAAAAGUUUAUCUUUAAACAAAGACAAAUUAAAAUACAAAACGUGGUAAUUGUGGAUUGUUGAAUAAUAGUUUUACAACUUGUCUCCAUACUCCUUAUACUCGACAAUAAAAGUUGGAAAGUAUGGUAUGUAAAUAAAAA